AUGACUCCCGCGCCCCAAGUCCUCCAAUCCGCCCGCCACCAACACUAUACCCGGCCUGGAGCGAGGACGAGCGGAGGAGCUUCCUCUUCUUCCAGCAAGUCACGGUCCGGAAGAUCGUCACCCUGCAUCGAGAUUUCGCCUUUUGGACCGAGCAUGUUCCUAAACUGGCAAGACAAGCAUGGAGCCUUUCGACACUUGGUCGUUGCGAUUGCAUCCACGCACGAGCUUCUGCUCCACGUGGAUUCUAUCAGGCUGGACGUCUUUGCACUGACGCAAUGUAACAAGGCUACGGAGCUACUGCGUGCGAGAUCGGACUGGCAGCCGUCGUACUUAGUCGUCAGCUGCAUUCUGAUGGUGGCGUACAGCCUGCUGAGAUGCGACUACGCCCACGCCGAUUUGGGCGUCGAGAACGGAUUGAAGAUUCCCCUCUGCGAGGCCAUUUGCAAGAACAGCUGCUGUGCAAGCGCAGAGGCAGGGGGAGGUUACAAAACCAUUCUCACACGACUUGGGAAAUCUCAUGGCUUCAAACUGUGGACGCCGGAUAUCUCUCACCAGUUCGAAAAGUCGACCGCGAGCCAAUCGUGCAUGACGAUUGAGACGGAUCAUGUUCGGGGUCCGUUCACCAGUACUGGUCAGAUUUUGAAGGCAUACAAAGACAUCAUGAUCCAGGUGGUGGCGCGGCUCAUGAGAAACCUUGCGAGAGGAGCAUACAUUCCCCAGCAUAGUCCCGUGGCACAAGAAGCAAUUCGGCAGCUGGCCAUGUUUGCAUAUUACUGGGAGAAGAUGUACAGCGAACUCCCUGAAGGAGCAGAGGCUGAACGUCUUGAGCUAAAGCACCUUCGAAUCGGCCUCGAUUACGCCUACGUUCUGUUCUUCUCCAAAAUUAUCAGCCCGCGAGAGAGGACUUUCGACGCAUACUCCAGCAUUGUCGACCAUGCACUCGACCUCGCAGAAGAUGUCAUGGCUGCAUAUCAGGAUGGCCGACCGGUUGUGUACGUAGACCGUGUGGUCAACGGCCCACUCUUCAGCAUGGCCAUGUGUUCCCGGUGUCCCAAGCACAAAGAGAGAGCCAUGAGGAUGCUUCGUGCCCAAUCCGGCUCCCCCGACGGACUCGACCACUGGCUGCGAGGGAUAAUAAUCGACCUACUCGUACAAGCCGAGAACCGAGAAUGGGGCGAGCGAGAACUGCAUGCCUACCUACCGAAAGACAGAAUCACUUUUUCCGACAUGUCCUGCCACGAACAGACAAUUCGCAUGGACUCCGCCGUCGUCGGCCCGACGACUGAAUACUUCGACUUUAUCGAGACAGAAGCGGACUGGGAGCCCUGGUUCGGACCGGGCAUUACCUCCAGCAUGGUUCAUGAUGCGUGCCAGGGGAUCAUGGCGGCGUACCGCACGUAUGGGAAGCCGAGGCCGACUGAGGCUCCUUGUGGUUAUGUUCGCGAGAUGAGGUAUAAAGGGAGGCCGGUUCAGGUGCUUUGGGACGAGGAUUGGCGGCCGGAGGGAGUCUCUGAAGAGUCUUCUGAUGAUGACUGUGAAGGCAUCACUGAUGAUUCAGAUUGA